AUGAACGUGAGCGUAAAAUUAACUGGUCAAUUAACUUUUGAACUCGUUUAUCCAGCAAAUAAAUGUUGUCUAAAUAUUCUUUUCUACACUGAUGAGCAGACAAAUAUGAUGAAUGAACGAAUGGAUUGUUGGCAGCGAGAAAACAUUUUAAAACCGGAAGAAGAUCAAAUUUUAAGACUCACUCCAAGUUUUCCGUGGUCUGGUUGC